GCGCAGAGUUUGCGGGUUUCUCCUCGGAACUAUGCCUAAAGUUGUGUCGCGGUCCGUCGUCUGCUCCGACACCCGGGACAGGGAGGAAUAUGACGACGGUGAGAAGCCCCUCCAUGUCUACUACUGUUUAUGCGGCCAGAUGGUUCUGCCUUUAGACUGUCAGUUGGAGAAAUUGCCCAUGAGGCCCCGGGAUCGGUCCCGGGUGAUUGAUGCUGCCAAACACGCCCACAAGUUUUGUAACACAGAAGAUGAGGAGACCAUGUAUCUUCGCAGGCCUGAAGGCAUUGAACGACAGUACAGGAAGAAGUGUGCAAAGUGUGGACUGCCACUCUUCUACCAGUCCCAGCCAAAGAAUGCUCCCGUGACCUUCAUUGUGGAUGGAGCAGUAGUCAAGUUUGGCCAGGGUUUUGGGAAAACGAAUAUAUAUACGCAGAAGCAAGAGCCUCCUAAGAAGGUGAUGAUGACCAAACGGACUAAAGACAUGGGCAAGUUCAGCUCUGUCACCGUGUCUACUAUUGAUGAAGAGGAAGAGGAGAUUGAAGCUAGGGAAGUUGCUGACUCAUAUGCACAGAAUGCCAAAGUGAUUGAAAAACAGUUGGAGCGCAAAGGCAUGAGCAAACGACGGCUGCAGGAGCUGGCUGAACUGGAAGCCAAGAAAGCAAAAAUGAAGGGGACUUUGAUUGACAACCAGUUCAAGUGAUCAGGACCUUUCUCUGAACCCAGACUAGAGGUCCUGCAGCUGCUCAGCCCCACUGCAGCAACUUCCGUCCUUGGCGAUGCAGAUCCAGCAGGCCAGUGAAGUCACCUGGCAACCCUGAAGACAUCCCCUCUUUCUCUGCCUGGAAUCCCCUCUCAUUCUUCUCUCACAACUCCUACCUCUUCACCUUCAACAACUCAGGGUAAACCCACCUCCUACUCACCUACCACUGUGUCUUUCAAGUUUUUUUUAUGUAUUCACUAUGUACCAUAUUGUUUUAUUGUUACUACUAACAAUAACAAGGAUGCCAGAUACCAUUUAUCAAAUGCUACUUGCCAGGUAUUAUCUCAUUUACACAUUAUCUCAUUGAAACCCCACAACCACCCUGUGAAAUGGGUGCUUUUAUUACUCUCCCCAUUUUCCAGAUGAGAAAAUCAAGGCCGGGGAGGUUAAGAGGCUUGCCUAGGACAUAGAGCUAAGAAGUGGUAGAGCUGGGAUCUAAACCCCAGUAGUUCUGAUCCCAGAGCCAGUCUCUGAACCAAUAUGAGUUUGUCUUUUCCAUUAGAUUCAGUUCAUUAAAGGAAUCUUUCAUGUCUUCUUAAUUUCUACCUCCUGACACUCCAUCCUGGGCUCUGCUUGGAGUGGAUAGUUGCCCUAUUGGUCUCAGUUUGCAGGAGCUCUGCUCAUACCAUCAGGCCUGCUGGGCAUUAGACUCUCUGCUUUUCCCUGGCCUUGCUCGGGAGAUGCAAACAGUGAGGCGGCCAGGAGCUAGACGUGGAAGGCAGCUCCAAGUCUGAGCCAUAACUGAUGUCCCGUGUAGUCAGGCAAGGACUGUGUAGCUUUGCAGUGCUCAUCUCAUGGCCAUGCCACAACUCGCACACUCCUGGCAGUGCCACUCCUGAUAAUCAGGUGCGGGGAAUGAAUGACACCAAUAUCCUGUUGGUGCUUGUUUGGACUGCUGGAGCAUCUAUGAGGGAAGAUUGCCUUUUAAAUCACCAUAUUACCAUGGAAAUUGGACUCUGCCUGAUAUCACUGCCCCCUUGUGGACUGAGCUUUUCUGACGUUUUGGGAGAAGAGAAAAACAAAGUAUAUGUUGUCUCUAACGUUCCUGAAAAAAAUAACAUUGCCUGCAAA